AUUGAUGUCUCAAACCUUUGAUCACUUUCCAACUAUCUUAUCCAUCUAAUCGAUGUAGGAUGCUGUGCCCCGCAGGUGUCCGCGUACACCUGCCAAAAAGGGACAGGUGCUGGCCUUCGACAUUACCGAAUAACUAACAACCGCAGGCUAUAAGACGUAUAUGCCACCUCUGAAUUUUCUCCUUGACAUCUGUUUUGAACAGACCUUCUCGCAAGCUCUCUUCUACUCCUUUUGGUUGAAUUGUUGAACUCUUUGUAAGUAUUCAAAAUGCCGCUGUCACCAGAAAUCCGGAAGUCUAUCGAGGAUGCUGUUGAGAAGAAUUUCAAAGACGAAAUUGCGUUUGUCCAAAAGAUGGUUCAGUAUGGCGGGCAAAGAGGGGAAGAGCAUCAAGCUCUCGAUGAGCUGUAUCGCCAGUAUAUUUCCCGCGGAUACCACACCGUCAAACUUGAGAUGGACCACAAAGUUCUGUCUCAACACUCCAGUGCUGGUCGCAUCAGCGAUACACAUUCCCAAGCACCGGUUGUAGUCGGCGUACAUAGCCCAAGGUCCAUAACGCCUGGAGGAAAGAGCUUGAUUCUGAAUGGUCACAUCGACAUUGUGCCCAAUGGGCCUAGAGAAUUAUGGACGCAUGAUCCCUACUCUGGGAUUAUCGAAGGAGACUGGUUGUACGGUCGAGGAAGUUGCGACAUGCGUGCUGGUGCGGUCGCUAACCUGUAUGCUCUGGACGCUUUGCGCGCCAUCGGCAAACAACCAGCGUCCAAGGUUAUCAUCGAAUCUGUACCCGAAGAAGAAUCUACUGGUAACGGUACGAUGGCUACACAUCUUGCUGGGUAUUCUGCGGAUGCAGUGCUCAUUCCCGAGCCCACGAACGAAGAGCUUGUGCGUGCAAAUGUUGGCGUCAUUUGGUUCAAGGUCGCAGUUGCAGGUCGACCGGUACACGUACUGAAAGCUAAAGAAGGUUCCAACGCUAUCGAAUCAAUAUGGAAGAUCGUGGGCGGGCUGAAGGAGCUGGAGAAAGAGAUGAAUGACCAGAAGAAAGGAAGGCUGUACUUCGAACACAUGGCAUCACCUAUCAACCUGAACGUUGCCAUGAUACAAGGCGGAGAUUGGUCCAGCUCAGUUCCAGCCUGGUGUACCAUCGAUUGCCGUGUAGCGCUUUUCCCAGGGGUUGCUGCGCAGGACGUUGCAGAUAAGAUCGAAAAGAAGAUUGCCGAGAUAUCAGGAACAGAUCCGUUCCUGCGCGACUCACCUGCGAAGGUUUCGUGGAACGGAUUCUUCGCGGAAGGCUAUGUGUUAGAGCCCGGCAGCGAAGCAGAGGAGACGCUCAAAACAGUACAUCAGCAAGUGACGGGAGCAGAGCUGGCAAGUAUGACGAUGCCUGCUUAUCUCGACACCCGAAUAUUUGCUCUGGAGCAGAAGAUCCCUGCAUUGUGCUAUGGGCCAAUUGGCGAAGCGCUGCAUGGAUUUGAUGAGAGGGUCAGCAUUAGCAGCAUAAAACGAGUCACGACUACGAUCGCACUAUUUAUCGCAGAAUGGUGUGGAUUGGAAGACACGCUGGGCUAAGCUUCCAUCUACCUAGGUAGUGAGUCCAUGA